UAAACCUCUCAGGUAAUGCGGUGUUAGACUGCACUAUUUAACAGUGAAAACUGGGUGCGGAUUGUAGGAAGUGAGAGUUUGUUUAUUGUAACACUGGACAUCACUGUCAGGCAUCCUGCAGUUAACGCGAUGAUAAACCACUGGGUGCUUCUCUCCUCCUACAUCGUAACCUUCCUAAUCGGCCUGCCAGCCAAUAUCCUGGCCAUUUAUGCCUUCAUCAGGAAGCUGAUUGACAAUCCCACUCCUACGGACAUCCUGCUACUGAACCUGACCACCUCUGACAUCCUCUUCCUCCUCUUCCUGCCCUUGAAGAUGUACGAGGCGGCGUCCGGCCUGCAAUGGCACUUAUCCAAGGUGCUAUGCUCCAUCACGUCAUUUGUCUUCUUUACCACCAUAUACACCAGCUCGCUGCUGCUGAUGGCCAUCAGCGUCGACCGCUACCUGGGAGUGGCCUUCCCCAUCGCCUACCGAAAGUUUCGCAAGCUCCUCUAUGCCGUCGCUGGCAGCGUCUUCAUCUGGCUGUUCAGCGGAGCCCAUUGCACCAUCGUGUUUGUGGUGGUGCAUAUGAACGACGAAAACAGCACCAUUCCCAAGACGACGUGCUACGAGAACUUCACCGAAAGCCAGAGCAAAAUCGUUCUCCCUAUGCGCCUGGAGUUCUUCGUGGUCCUCUGUUUGGUGCCCCUCUUGGUGUGCAUGUUCUGCUACCUCAACUGCAUCUGGAUCCUCUACACCAGGCCUCGCAUAGCCAAGGAGAAGAAGCAGCGGGCCAUCGGGAUGGCAUUGGGCACCUUGACCGUCUUUCUGGUGUGCUUCCUGCCCUAUAACAUCUCUCAUGUGGUGGGCUACAGCUCCAACAACAGCCCACAGUGGAGAUACUACACCUUGCUACUAAGCACCUUGAAUGCCUGCUUGGAUCCCAUCAUCUUCUACUUUUCCUCCACUACCUAUCGAAACACCACCAAGAUCUCCUUCUGGAAACUCUUGUCCUUCAGGCGCCACAAAGGCACAAACCCUAACGCCUCAAAUGAACUGGAAGUAGAUUCCCAGAAUAUUAUGUUGUAGGAUACAGAUAGCAAGACCAUAGACUGUAGUUGUUCGCUUUCAGCAUUGGCCUCAAAUGUAACUCUGGACUGAACUGCGUUGUCAGUGAAGGCUUCAGUUGCAGAACAUCCUGUGCGAGG